GUUCUCGGGGCGCAGCGCCCACGGGGUCUGCGGCGGGGGGCGGCGCCCGGGGCUGCCAUGAGCUCCCCGCCGCCCGCCCGCAAGGGCUUUUACCGCCAGGAGGUGACCAAGACGGCCUGGGAGGUGCGCGCCGUGUACCAGGACCUGCAGCCCGUGGGCUCCGGCGCGUAUGGCGCCGUGUGCUCGGCCGUGGACAGCCGCACCGGUGCCAAGGUGGCCAUCAAGAAGCUGUACCGGCCCUUCCAGUCCGAGCUGUUCGCCAAGCGCGCCUACCGCGAGCUUCGCCUCCUCAAGCACAUGCGUCACGAGAACGUCAUCGGGCUGCUGGACGUGUUCACUCCUGACGAAACCCUGGAUGAUUUCACAGACUUUUACCUGGUGAUGCCGUUCAUGGGCACCGACCUGGGCAAACUCAUGAAGCACGAGAAGCUGAGCGAGGACCGAAUCCAGUUCCUUGUCUACCAGAUGCUGAAGGGGCUAAAGUACAUCCAUGCUGCUGGCAUCAUCCACAGGGACCUGAAGCCUGGCAAUCUGGCAGUGAAUGAGGACUGUGAGCUGAAGAUCCUGGACUUCGGCUUGGCCAGGCAGGCCGACAGCGAGAUGACUGGGUACGUGGUGACCCGGUGGUACCGUGCACCUGAGGUCAUCUUGAAUUGGAUGCACUACACCCAGACGGUGGACAUCUGGUCAGCGGGCUGCAUCAUGGCAGAGAUGAUCACAGGGAAGACGCUGUUCAAGGGCAGUGACCACCUGGACCAGCUGAAGGAGAUCAUGAAGGUGACAGGGACUCCUCCCGAUGAAUUUGUGCAGAGGCUGCAGAGUGCCGAGGCGAAGAACUACAUGAAGGGCCUCCCCGAGUUGGAGAAGAAGGAUUUUGCCUCCAUCCUGACUAACGCAAGUCCUCUGGCUGUGAACCUCCUGGAGAAAAUGCUGGUACUGGAUGCAGAACGGCGGGUGACUGCGGCCGAGGCGCUCACACACCCCUACUUCGAGUCACUGCAGGACACGGAGGAUGAACCCAAGGCCCAGAAGUACGACGAGUCCUUUGACGAUGUGGAUCGCACGCUGGACGAGUGGAAGCGUGUCACAUAUAAGGAAGUGCUCAGCUUCAAGCCUCCCCGGCAGCUGGGGACCAAGGUGUCCAAGGAGACAGCGCUGUGAAGACCCCUGGGCCCUGAGAGCGGUGGGGAGGGGGCCUUGAGGACCCUGGCUGGGGCUUCCACCUGGAAGGGGAUCCUGAUUAUCACUGUGACUCUGGCUGGGGUUUGCAUCCCAGGAGACCUAUGGUUCCAUGGACCCCCUCCCCCAGCCGUUACCCUGCUCUCAAGGCUACCACCUCAGUCUAACCUU